CACUACCAUGACCUUCAAACUGAAGUUGUGCUUGCUGUCAGUUGUCGAAUGUCAAUGCCACAGCUAACAUCAAAUGUUAUGAGAUGGAACUUUCAUAUUGUUUUUAUUUUCUGCUGUUGUGUUUUGUGGCCGGUAACGAUGAAAAGGAAAAUGAGGAUGAAAUAAGGAGGAGAAGACUGAUAGAGCAGUUGACAAAAACUCGCACGGAAAUACUUGAUAACUACGAACUCGUUACCCGGCAGAUAGCUACGGAUGUAUUCAUGUUCAGAAGUUAUCGGACAGUUUCUGUGUUGAUGUACCAUGUAAAAACUGACAUAGAAGAAGCUCGGUUCACUAUUCAAUCCGAAGAACUACAUUUAAAUAAUAUUGGAUCAUGUAGUCCUCAAGAAGUUAUACUAAAUAUAAAGCAUGGCUCCUACCCUGCAGUUAAUCCAGAUGGCUAUGACUUUCCUAAAAAUUUUAUACAACCACAAUCAAGAGAAGAAAUACAUACAAUAGAGCUUUUAUCAGAUGGCAAGAACCAAACAUAUACAAUACAUAAACCAAAGCCAGGUUAUUGGUUUGGCUUGGUCUAUAUAAAAUGGCAGGAUCCGAGAGGGCAAAAGGUGGAACAACAAGGCUUAGUUGCUGAUUGCCACACAAUAUUGUACACGGAUUUACAAGUGAAAAGGGAAGAGAAAAUUGAUAUAAUAGACUGCUAUAACACUUUGACCAUAGAUUAUCAACAAUUGCCAGCAUUAUAUAAAUGUAUGUCCACAGAUAAUAUAGAUCCUAUAAGUCUGAACAUAACCGUAGUUAAUACUGCACCUAAUGAUUCAAAAAUAACAUUCCAAGUGCAGCCAAAUUCAAUACCGUCACAGGAAAAUUAUAUAAUAUACUGCAACUUUGAUCCAAGACUGAAUAUACAAAGAAUCGUAUUCGAUUCUUCUCCAAGCUCAUGGCAUUAUAUAAAAGUCGAUAAUAUUUUUGGUAACACUUCAAAUAUAGCAGAUUGCGAAUCCUACUACCUCAGAGAAUAUGAUGAACCCGCCGAGCAAUCUAUUAUAGACCUUAUGCGCGACGAUAAAGGUAGAUUUUUCACAUUCGAUUAUGGCUUACCCACCACAGACUUACAAGAUGCAACCAGUCUGGUAAACAUAACGUCCAAUGAAAUCAAAGCUUUACGAUUUAAAGUUAACCAGUUCAUUGAUAUCGGUGGUACAUUAGCGAUAGAAGCCAGUCUCUUGAUGAGUUUGAAAUACUAUAUGGGGUAUAAGAGAGAGUUGAAGAAGGGUACGCUGCUAGCGUUUUCUGAGGAUAACCAAUUCUUCAAGGCCGUGAUUUGUAUGGACAUCGAUCACCCUAGUAUACCACUGAAGACUGGACACUGUAAAUUUAAUGAUAGAGUUAAACCAGCAUUGUUUGUUUUAAAUAGUACGGAUUCAGAGUCGAUUUACGAGAAAAUUCUUAUACCUUAUCCGGAUAGUGGGAACUGGUAUUUAACGUUUAGGCUGUUUUGUGAUGAAGUCGUAUGCCCCUGUCGUACUUCAGACAACGGGACUAGAUAUUACGUUGACUCUCAAACUUCAGAAACUGACAGCUCUGUAGAAUCAAACACGUUUUCGAAUAUAACGAGAGAGGGUGAAACUGAGUGCAAUGCGACUAUAGUAUUGUCUAUAUCGUCUACUUCGUGUCUUAAUGGCAGAUGCAGUAACCAUGGCAACUGCGGUUUGAAUACCUUUGGAGGUAUGGUGAUGUCAUACUGUUCGUGUUCAGCAGGAUAUGGAAGUUGGGACUGCUCAGACAAUUCAAGAAUGGACAGUAAAGUUUACAUGUUAGUGUCCAUACUACUUUUGACACUUAGCAACUUUCUCUUCAUGUUCUCGAUUUACGUCGCCUGCAUACGAUACUACUACACCGAAGCCAUGAUGUAUGCAUUUACAAUGGUGUUUUCAACGUUCUACCACGCUUGUGAUGCGCCAGCGCAAGUUGCGCUUUGCAUAAUACGAGGAAACAUUCUACAAUUUGGAGAUUUUUACUGCGGGUUAAUGUCAUUUUGGGUCACCCUUCUCGCUAUGAGCAUUAUCGGCGAUAAACUCAGAUCAACAUUUCAGCUAACUGGAGCGAUCCUUAUCGCUCUUCUAACCACAUGGAACAUGCAUUCGUUUGUUGCGUUUUUGUUGCCAGUUGCGAUCGGUGUUACCAUUUUAUUGGCAUCGUGGUAUACAGACUAUAAUAAAACGCAUUGUAUGCGUUAUCCUAAGACGUAUUAUUCUAGGCACCUGCCAUUUGGCAUAGUUCUAGUUUCAGUUGGUUUGGUCUGCUACGCAUUUUUGCAGACGGAACAAAAUUACAAAAUAGUUCAUUCGAUAUGGCAUAUGAUUAUAGCGAUUAGUGUUGCGUUUCUGUUGCCAGAUGUAAAAAGGGUUGAUAUGAAUCCGUUCGUUCCGAGCUCGGGGUAUUGCUGGCGGCCGAUUUGUAAUAUAUUUAGGAGAGCCACGAAUCAAUAAUGCAUUUAUUUAUCGACCAAAUAAAUUUAUCAUCGUAAAACAUUGUCAAUAGAGAAGACAACUUGAUCACCAACGCUAUUAUACUAUUUAAUAGAAUAUUUUUUGAAUUAUCGAAUUGUUCAUGCCUCUGGAGGCUUAGCUAAAUUUGUAUGAAAGUUUGUAGACAAAUUGUCAUUGUCACAUUGAACUGUCAUUUUCAUACAAAUUUAAUUUUCGACUUUCUACAUACACUACUGUUAAGGCAUCUUGACUAAGCCCUUAUACUGAUUAUAUUAAACACCUAAAGAAGCAAAACAUCUAAACGAACAGUUUAUUUGGUCGAAAGAAGUCUUUUGGAAACGAUUUUGAUAUUUAUAUAGAACAUAGUAACGUAAGCAUAAUAGGUAAUGCCAUUUGCAAUGUUAUAAUAGUUGUAAGUAAGAAGUGAAAACUAACCUAGUCAAUGCAAAAACUUCUAACAAAUAUUAUUGUGAUAUUGUAUUACAUAUACAUUUUCAUAGGACAAUAUAUAAAUAGUACAUGUGUAUAUAGAUUUAUUAUACACUAGAAGAAGUCGUUUUUUGUGGCCGGGAUAAACGAAAUUAAUGUCCGUUCAUACCUACAGACGUUGAACGUGACGAACGAACGUAUAUUCGUGCUUCGUUUAAGUCCCAAAUACACUCAGGGUGCACGAUAUUCGAUUUUAAAAAAAAUUGUCUAUUACGAGAACUGUUCAAUUUUAAUAUUUGUUUGUGCUAAGCGUAUUCCUUGGACCUCGCUGGCUAACAGCAGUAUGAAAAGUUUGUCACUAGAUCACAAUGUUUGUCGGUGUUACAGCACUAGAUUGCGCGAACCGUGUGUACUAUAAUUUAUAACGAAGCCACAGAUAUGGUUUUCCGGCCGCUAUUACUACUCAGCACGGAAUUGCCAUUUAGUUUAAUUGUUAAAUAAAUUUCUGUUACAUAUUCUACAAUUUUAUAGUUCUUUAAGCAUAUUGUAUUUUUGUGCUGUAAUUUCAAUACUCAUCCUUAAACCGUCAAAAAUACUAAGUUACUUUUAUGUAUAUUACUACAUUUGAGAUUAUUACAUGGAAUGCCAUGCAUUCUGGAUACCGUCUAUGAUGUAUUUUGAACUCUUUUUCGUAAACGUGAAGUUAGAGUUCAUCCUAGUUCCGACUUCCAAUUGCUAACUUGGGUGCCUUAUACUGUUCAAUUUCAUCUAUUUUUAACACAUUACUAUAAGUUUCAAUGUAGUAAAUGUAUACGCAAAUAGAUGAAGAUUUUAAUGUAUGUUUAAAUAAUAUAAUGGAUGUAGCCAAAUAAGUGUCAGCAAGUAGUUUGAGGCGGAUAAGUGUUUUUUAAGUAUAUUACAACAACAACAAAAAAAAUGUUUUUCUUCAGCACACCAAAACCUUGCAAGUAACUGAUAUCAAAAUAUUAAAUCAUUUGCACUUAACAAAGUAGUUUAAUUUGUAGGCUACAUUUAAAAGACACUGAUAACAGAAAUGUAGAUUGAAUGUGUAUAAGCUAAUUAGUUGAAAUUAUAGUUAUAUUCAUAUAUUGAGAUUAUAAAAAAUACUUACGUACUUGAAGACAGAAAUCUAUCUUUAGACUUAUUUGAUUAAUUAGUUUAACUAAGAAUUCUGUUCCUUUAUUAAUCUGUUAAAGUAGUUUAGGAACUCAUUUAAAAUCUGGUUGGUUUUUUACUAUUUUUUUUAAAUACCAUUUAUAGGACAAGGUAAUUAGACAUUUUAAUAUAUGAUUCAAAUAUGAAAGUAUCAUGUUAUUUAUGAAUAUACAAUGAUUUGUAAAUAAGGACUAUGCACAAGACUUGAGGAAUUGAUCCUGCCCAACUAUUAUAUUGUCUGGAACUUGGCAUUUUGAAAUGAUAUAUUUUGAUGCAUGUAAUAGGAAAGACUUAAAAAACCAUUUAGAUUAUAAAUUCCAGUGAUACCUGGUACAUACAUUUUGCAUUUAUAAAAUAUAUAAUUGAUGACAAGGUGACAUAAUUCUUUCCUCAAAAUCACACGAGAGAACAUAUCAUACAUCAUCAAAUAUCUUACAAUUUUUGGCAUUAUUAAAAAAUAUUUUUUUUAAUUCAAUGAUAUCUUUGGUUUAUUAGUCAAGGUGCUCUUUCUACAUUAUGACAUUCUGAAUGCAUUUACUAGCUUAUCAGUUGUCACAUUCUUUACUAUGCUCAAUUGUUUUUGUGGAUAAGAUCUCUGCUAAUUUCCAUUUUAUUUAAAUAGAUAUUUUUUUCUUUUUAUAUACUAUAUUAACAAAAUAUGUACAAUAUGUUAAAGAUUUUAUUAGCCUUAGCUAGUCUUAGUUGCCUGUCACAUACAUUAACAUACUAUUUCUAGCGGUAAUUACAGAAUGCUUUUUAUGGACAAAAAAUUAUAUCACUGUUAUGGUAUGCUAAUUAUUAUUAAGUGGUGUGAACUGUUUCAUGACACCAGUUGACUUCCAUAUUCUAAUCUACAUACAGUUUCUUUUUACCGAAUUUGUUAUUUGUGUUAAUAUGAAAAUAUGUCUUGUUAGAUAUUUAUGUGAUAAUUAAAACCAAAAAUGA